AUGCAGUCUUCUAAACGGACUUCAUUUGAGCCGGUAAACACGGACCCUACGCCACAUGACACGAAGCGAAAGAGAUCCGAUUCGUUCACCCCUCCCGACGAGAAUACCAUAGUCCUUGGCAAAGUUCUCGAAUGUCCCUCAGUCGAAAAGCAUAAAGAAGGAUACUUCUGCAUUACUUGCCGGGGUAUAGCUGGAGAAUGGGGCUCCAUAUUGCCCGUCAUGAAGAGCGAGAGGGAUGGCAAAGUGAUCACAAUUGGGCCCACUGGAGCAAUAGUUGAGGGAGUGCAGCUUCACAACGAAGAGGCUAUUGCAGUCUUGUCAACUGUUGUCUUCUUGCUGGUUAAAGGCUACCUUUACAGUCAUAUCCCUGGUUUCAUUAGUAUUAUGGAUAGACAUCCGAAGUCCGUGGCCGCUGGUGAACUCAUCGCUGAGAUCUACCAAGUAAUUCAGAAAUCAGCUCGCAACGAAGCCGAAGACGCUGUGCCAAAUUUUGGUCGUACCGUCGAGUUAGCUUUGAUCGAUCCAGAACUGAAGCCUCAUGAUCUCAUCUCGAAAGUUCUCUCCGGAUUUGUGGCAUACAAGGACCCGGAGGAAGAUAAGGAUAAGAUACCAGAGUUUUUGUCCGAGUCCGGACUCGACUCUCAGUCAGAGGCAAUGCAAAAGCCCAAGGCAAAGAAGUACGGCCCAGAAGGAGAAUGGGAUACGAGGAGAUUCCGUACCUUGAACGAGUCUCACAAGCCACCAAACGGGAACUGGAAGCUUGCCGAUGGUACCGACAUGACUCCUGCUGUUCUUGGACAACCAGAUCCUGGCAAGUUCUUUAUCCUUCGUCAAGAUCAGGACGAUGUUAGACGUUUUGACAUCCGAGAAUACCCACACAUCUGGAAGUUCGAUUGGAACGACAAGAUCCACAUUGAUAGCCUGAACAAGAAUAGGCAGCAAAUAUUCAAGCGUACUGAUCCUUCAGUCAUAGACAGCAAGCCUACCUGGACCAAGAAGGAGAAGGAAACAUUGGAGGAGCUCAUUCGGGCUGAUCUGCUCUUAGGCAAGAACAAGACGACUCUCGACUGGGAUGACAUUCGUGACCGACUUUCCAAGAAAUUCGAAAACGUCUUGCAAGAGAAAGGCGUCCCACUUGCCCAAACCAAUAAGAAUAUUAAGGGCGAAUGGAUUCUGCCAAAGAAGACCGAUCCGAAGCUUGCCCACGAUCGUCUUGGACCUGCCACCCGUUCGGCAUCUGCUAUCAGAUCACAAGCCUCGAAUUUCCGUGACAUCCUAGAACUCAUAAAUAGCUAUCCUGGCAAGAUCAUAGCUGAUGAGGAAAGUCAGGCUGGUGCUGCAGAUGGCUGCAUUACUGUCACUGGUUGGAAGGACUAUGAUAUAGACUUCUAUGAAGCCCAAGCAAAAUCUUCACCCAAGAAGAAGGCCAUUCGAAAGAGACGAAAGACGAGCGACGACAAGACCAACAAGAUGUCGAAGUCAUCUUCUGUACUUGACGAGGAAAGCCGUGACUUCGACGAAACAAGCACAGUCACAUCAUCGGUAGACAACGCCAACGCAAAGGAAUUCGAUUCGAAUGGCGAGAAGAACCCCGAGGACGGUGCAACACUUCGAGAACGAUAACAAUCCCCUCCUCCACCGCCAUCCAACGGCAUAAGCGAAUGAUUUAGAG